AUGGACGCAAUGGAAGGCGUGCCGGCGACUGAAGCCUGGCACCCUAGUGGGGACAUCACGGUAGACACAAUCCAGGCUCGGUUCGACCUCUUACAGUCCCUCGCAGGAGCGAUGGCAAGUCUGCAAAACCUUGAAUUCGAUAAGGCGGGUAUGUUUGACUUCGAGAACGGAGACCUGGAGAAACCAACAGUCGGCCCCAUACGCAUAUGGCGUGAGCCCUCCGGCCUGGAGCUAUACGAGGAAAAUAUUGAGGAUUUACUGGUUGUUCGACAGACCCGCAUCACUCCACCAGCAUCGACGGCUCGACACUACUUCUCAUCAGUCCUUGACUCCCGGAAUUACGAUCUCCACGAUGAUGACCGAGGUAGAGGAGUGAUUAAGGUGGCCGAGAAAGCUUUGGGGUACCAUCCAUUCCGGAAAUAUUUGAAGCCACACUUACUACAGGACGAAACUGAAACCUUCGUAGUUCAGCACCCGGAUUUCAACCUGCAGAAUAUCCUUUGCGAUCCUGAAACCCUCAAGAUUACAGCAAUAGUCGAUUGGCACCUCGUUAGGAUAGUUCCGCGACGUGUCGGCUUUUCUGCAGUCCCAAUAUGGCUUCGGGAAGACUGGUUACCUUACUAUCUGUGGCCUAUCUCUUCUACCCUAGCCGUCAAUCAGUUGGACAUGUACCGCGAUCACUACGCGAAAUGCCUGUCAGAGGCCAUGGGCGGGGAAUGA